UAAAGUGUUUUGAUCUCCUCAGGUUCGUCCAGACUCCGACCCGGCGACACCUCCUGUUUCCGCAGUGACGGCGCAGGCAAAAAUCUGUCCACUUAUACUUAAGGCACGUCGCGCUUUGUACCAGUUACUUUUUAUCUUCCCAGGAUGUCGUCUUCAGUUAAAGUUGUAAGUCAUUGUUUGUAUUGAGUCUGAUCAAGGACUUCUCUUCACUACUUCUACGUGCAAUAUGGCAAACAUUUUAUCGGGAAAAACUACCCAGACUAUGGAUAAGAACGGACAAGAAAUCAAAAGCGUUGGCUUUCAACGCUUUGGGUUCGACUGCGAGGUGACCCUUGACAGCCUCCGAUCACUGUAUCUUCGAUCGCACUAUGUGGUCUCAGCUUCUGAGUCCCAGGUUCAGGAGCUAGAUGCUAAGGAAGAGGAAGGACACGGAUAUUUGACCCAAGGACUCAACGCCUACCAGUCUAAGUCAAUCUUCCAUCCAGACACACAGUCGAUCUCGUACACAACCCUUUCCCGCUUCGCCCCAGUUAAACUUUUACCUGCCUCAUCAAGGAAGCGCGUUCUCGUCACUGGGGGUGCUGGUUUCGUGGGCUCUCAUCUUGUCGAUCGUCUCAUGCUCUUAGGCCAUGAGGUUACCGUCCUGGAUAACUUCUUCACUGGUUCAAAGACCACCGUGAGUCACUGGGUUGGUCACCCAAACUUUGAAUUAGUCCGUCAUGACGUUGUGGAGCCCUUCAUGAUCGAGUGCGAUCAAAUAUACCAUCUUGCUUGUCCCGCAUCUCCUCCGCACUACCAGUUCAAUGCCGUGAAAACCAUCAAAACUUCUUUCAUAGGCACGUUGAACAUGCUUGGCUUGGCCAAGCGCACGAAGGCUAGGUUCCUUAUUAGUAGUACAUCUGAAGUGUAUGGUGACCCUGAAGUCCAUCCUCAACCGGAAGAUUACUGGGGUCACGUCAACCCGAUAGGCCCUCGCGCCUGCUAUGAUGAGGGUAAACGUGUUGCGGAAACUCUCACGUAUGGCUUCCAUAAUCAAGAUGGCGUAGAUGUUCGGGUUGCACGUAUUUUCAACACUUACGGUCCCCGAAUGAACCCUCACGAUGGUCGUGUGGUGUCCAACUUUAUCGUCCAAGCCCUGCGCGGCGAGGAUAUGACCGUUUACGGUGACGGCAAGCAGACUCGUUCCUUCCAGUACAUCCACGACCUCAUCGACGGUCUGAUUGCCCUCAUGAACUCCGAUGAGACGCGCCCAGUCAACAUCGGCAAUGGCGAUGAAUUCACUAUUGGUGAAUUCGCGGAACUCGUUCGCGAGAUCGUAGAAAAAGUGCAAAAAGAAGAUGGUAUCAAACUCGAGCGCCGCGUGCAGAUUGUUUACAAGCCAAUCCCAACUGACGAUCCUCAGAAAAGACGCCCUGACACGACUAGGGCAAAGAAUAGCCUGGGAUGGCAACCCCGUUGGUCAGUGCGGAUGGGCCUGGAGGAGAUGGUCCGAUACUAUAAGGCUAUGAUUUCAGAAGGGAGCAUGUGAAUGGUGCCCAACUCUCAAUAUUCUUAAAGGGUUUUUGUUGGAUUCUGUGUGGUCAAUUCUAAACAUUAUGCAUAUUGACAAUUACUUGUACAUGAGUAGUGUGAACGUGCUCUGAACUUUUAGAUGU